AUCCCAGCUUGCUGAGUGUAACUCCAUCGUGUACUGCACACACGGUCACCAUGCGAUUCAAUCCAUUCAGCUCAAUAGCUUCCUUCUCCACAGCUCUGCGUGCUUCAACGUCUCGUGUCCGACUCCCCGCUCGUCCCUCAACUCGCCUCUUCCUUCCAGCACUCCCGCCUGCAUUUGUGCGAGGCAACCAUGAUGUCUCGCUCUCCAGCCUCAAACCAAGUCCAGGAUCCACGAAGAAUCGCCGCCGAGUGGGUCGUGGUGUGGGAAGUAAAAUGGGAGGACACACGACUGGACGAGGACACAAGGGUCAAAAGUCUCGAUCUACCAUCCCAUAUAUUGGAUUCGAAGGAGGUCAAACACCACUUUAUCAGAGAAUCCCUAAACGAGGAUUCAGCAAUCCGUUCAGGAAGACUUACGCUUCCCUGUCUAUUGCCAAGAUCCAGAAAUGGAUCCACCAGGGUCGAAUCGACCCGACCCAACCUAUCACCAUUCGAACAGUUAUCAAAUCCAACGUAGUCCACGGGAUUGGGACGCAUGCAGGAGUCAAACUACUCGGUACCGUUGAUGAGUCAUUACCUCUUCCGAGUUUGAACAUCAGCAUGUCAAAGUUCACGAUGGCUGCUGGAAGAGCCAUCAUCAAAGCUGGUGGAACUUGCACGGCAGUUUACCACAAUCGACUCAGUCUGAUGCAGGAACUACGACCUCAUAAAUUCAUCGGGAGGGAGAUCACGCCGGCUAAACCAGUCCGAAGGAAGGAUAUCGAAUACUACACUGACGCCACUAAAUUUGGAUACCUUGCCAAUGAACGGGAUAAAUUGUUCUUGGAUCGUGGAUUUGAUCCGCAUAUGAAGAGAAGCAAGGUCGCCGGACGACCAUACAAGGACACUAGAGGCUUAACACCGGAGGAAGCUGCGGCAAAGGAUGCGGAGUUAGCGAAAGAAAAGAUGGCCAACAUCAUGAAUAUCCAAAUGAUGAGGCCGUGAGGGGCAUUUGACAAAUGCAGGUAAACCAUGCUUUGCACCCCCGCCGUAUGAUCUAAAUGCAUCA